GGUGCCACCUUUUCGUCUUCACCCCCCCCCCCUCGCAGAGUCUGUGAACGCCUUCGACCCGAAGGUGAGCUAACAUUUGCUUUAAGUCUUUAUAAAUGGUAUAACACGUUUAAAAACCAAACAACCACAACCGAGUGAUACAGUAAUAAUUAAUGAAUGAAUUGUUCUUUUCUUUUCCUGACUCGGGCUCCCAUAUGGCUUCAUGCCUCACUGUGUACAGCGCUCAGAAAUCCGCUAUGGCAACAGGGGGAAAAAGACAGGAGAAAAAAAAGGAAAAGAUUUGACAACAUGGCGCACUUUCCUUAAGAAACGUUUCUCCUGGACGCCACACAGCUCAGUCUUUGUGGCUUUUCUCGCAGUUUGUCGACACUCGUGCCACAAGAGGACUUUUGUGCUAACUUUUGAACACCUUUUGGAUGCAUAAAGUCGAUUAAAAAGCCAGGAAAGAAAGGAGUGCGAAGGGAUGAGAGCGAGAACCCGCUGCACAAACCAAAGCAGUCACACAGGAUGGAGAAGCAAGCGACUCUGAAAGAAAAGUUUUCCAUAUUCAGUUCUCGGACAGCGAGCAGACCCCUCCGCUGUGUUUCUGGAGACGAAGGAGGCAGGUUUGGUCUCAGUAAGGCCGAGUUCAUGGAGAAAGUUCAGCAGAGCAACGAGGCGUGUCAGCGGGGUGACUUCCAGGCAGCCGUUUAUUUGUACACUGAUGCCUUGCAAGCGGACCCACAGAACUGCAUCCUGUACAGUAACCGUUCAGCAGCGCUUCUCAAACUGGGACAACACCAGGCGGCGCUGGACGAUGCUGGAAAAGCCUGCGAGCUCAAUCCCAAGUGGCCCAAGAAGGGUUGAAGUUACGUCCCUCUGCCCUGGGAGACACCGAACCAGUAUCGGUGGACUAUCCAUCACCUCGCUGUGGCAGCCUGGUCAAUGGGGGGGUCACUUCUGAGCAGUUACCUGCUAACACAGCUAAUGGAGGUCCAUAUUUGCAUAAGCCUGAGUAAAGAGGGGCCUGGAGACGAGCGAGGCGGGGCCUUUCUCAUUGCACAAAUGAGACCAUUCAUCACAGCUUUGUUUGCCUGCAUCCACCUUCUCAUGAACAAUUAAUGUGCUGCAGACAUUUCACUGCUUUUCUUCUCUUCCUUUAUCUUACCUUCCCUCUCUUUGUCUCACUUUCGGGCGCUGUCACUGCAGCACUAAGCCCUCCGGUUGAUUGUAACUUUAAGUCCAUUUUUUUUAAUGUUUGCUCCCCAGGCUGAGGCUGGUAUUGCGUUUCCUCGACAACCAAGGGGCUUCAGCACAUAAAGCCUUUUGACUUUCUCUCUCUGCCUCACCUGUUUUAAUGUUAACUGGCGUCUGCGUCUCGCCACCGAUGCACACGAUUAAGUUCUGCAGUCUGCUGAGUAAGGUUUAUGAUCAAGAUCAUUUACACCACAGAUAUCGGCAACAUUUUGACGCUACACAUGCUUUUUAGGUCUUUUUUUGUUAGCCAUUCAACAUUGUUAAAGUCCUUUCUUCAGAGGAAUCUUGUCUUACUUAAAUGGUCCACAUUUUUUAUGUGUGAUCAAUAUAUAUGGGUGGAUAUUUACUUAAGCAAUUUGGUUUAAGUGCCCGGCUGCCUCCGAGGUUAUAGAGACUGAGGCCCACGUGGGAAUAGAUGCCGAUAUUCCCCGGACAAGAGUUGUCCGCAUAAAUCAGCCUCCAUUACUAUUAACCAAACACAUCCAUCAGAACAUUUAAAUUAUUUGUUUAAGCAGAAUACUAAAUGUUGUCUAUUUGGUUUUCACACUGGGGAACGGUUUGUCUCGGCUUCUUUAAAUAUUAAAGUGCAGACAUGAGUUAUUUCUGUGUACAUGUCGGCCAUGUUUUGUUCACUGCCUCGGCUAACGACAUCAUAAAAAGAAG